AUGACGGAUGCAAACGUGCAGAAAGUCAAGAAUGAGCCAAAGCCAGCCAGCACAAAGGCGUCUUCUUCAGAGAUCUCUUUGGGAAAUACGGGUGUCGGAGACGGAAAUAAUGAUUCAGCGAAUGAAUUCACGCAUACAGUGCCUUUAUUGUCAGAAGGAUUGUUGGCACAAUUACAGCCAUUGCUGGCUCAAAUUGAAAAACAACUGAGAGAGUUUGAAGAGAAACAACGGCUUCUUCUUGAAGAUAUCACCAGCACGCAUGAGCGAUCAAAUAAUCAACCCAAUUACAACUACAUAUCACAUACUUUUUCCAAACUUCCGGAAUAUCAACAGAAACUCCAAACCAUCAAACAAACAAUGAUGACCAUGAUAGCACGAUCGAAAAUCCUCAAAAGUCGUACCGCACACUUGAAAACGUUGAAGCAACAACGAUUGGCGCAAAUUGCGGUAUUCCAGAAACGAGAACGUAGACUUGAUAAGACACUCUUGGCUGCUAAAGUAGCUACGCCAGAAGUGCAGUUAAAUGCCAGAGCUUUGAGAUAA